AUGGCGGAGCUGGAGGCCGGGUCCAUCUCCAUGGCGGCCGGCGGCGGCGGCCGACUCCGGAACGCCCUGAGCGGCGUGCUGUGUGCUUUCACCCUCCUCCUCAUCGGCGUCCUCGCCUUCUCCAUCCGCCUCUUCUCCGUGAUCAAGUACGAGAGCGUGAUCCACGAGUUCGAUCCCUACUUCAACUACCGCGUCACUCAGUUUUUGUCAAAGAGUGGAAUCUACGAGUUUUGGAACUGGUUUGACGACCGAACAUGGUACCCCCUCGGACGUGUUAUUGGUGGCACUGUCUAUCCUGGCUUGACACUGACGGCCGGCACGAUAUGGUGGUUGCUCAACUCCCUCAACAUCCCAUUGUCGGUGGAGACUGUCUGCGUGUUCACCGCUCCAAUUUUUUCGGCAAAUGCUUCCUGGGCAACCUAUCUGUUGACAAAGGUCCCCUCAUACAUCUCAAGAUCUGUUGCAGGCAGCUACGAUAACGAAGCUGUAGCAAUAUUUGCUUUAAUAUUCACAUUUUAUCUAUAUGUAAAGACACUAAACACGGGGUCACUCUUUUAUGCAACACUUAGUGCUCUCUCUUACUUUUACAUGGUCUGUUCCUGGGGAGGCUACACAUUCAUCAUCAACCUUAUCCCAAUGCAUGUUCUCCUGUGUAUUGUAACUGGUCGUUAUUCUUCACGACUUUAUGUUGCUUAUGCUCCCCUUGUUGUACUGGGAACACUUCUGGCAGCAUUGGUACCUGUGGUUGGUUUUAAUGCAGUAUUGACAUCAGAGCACUUUGCAUCAUUUCUGGUGUUUAUAAUCCUCCAUGUGGUUGCUCUUGUGUAUUACAUCAAAGGACUUUUAACUCCUCGGCUGUUCAAAGUGGCCAUGACAUUUGUACUAACGGUUGGCUUAGCCCUUUGUUUCGCUGUAGUAGCGAUACUUGCUGCAUUGGUCGCAUCUAGCCCAACAAAAGGUUGGAGUGGGCGCAGUUUGAGUCUACUUGACCCGCAUAAUUCCAUUGAUGCUUUGUAUGGCAAAAGAACCACUGGAGAAGCUAUCCACAACCUAAAAUACUUUAAAUGGGGUAAAACUGGCAAAACUUUUGUCGCAUGGGGUAAUUCGAAUGAAAAGCUAUUAAACGGGGGUGGAACAUAUGCAAGCAAGUACAUCCCUAUCAUUGCUAGCGUGAGCGAACAUCAACCACCUACCUGGCCUUCUUACUUUAUGGCUAUCAAUGUGCUAGCCUUCUUAGUUCCUGCUGGGAUCAUAUCAUGCUUCUUACCUUUAUCUGAUGCAAGCUCAUUUUUGGUCUUGUACUUGGUAACUUCAGUAUAUUUCUCUGGGGUAAUGGUACGACUGAUGCUUGUUCUUGCCCCUGCUGUGUGCAUUUUGUCCGGGAUUGCUCUGUCAGAAGCUUUUAACGUCCUCACACGAUCAAUGAAAUUUCAGCGCCCAAUAUCAGAUGAUACCCUUCCUACUGCAGGAGAUAGUACCCCAGGGAGUUCCAGUACAGCCACUAUCACAACUUCCACGAAAAAUGCGAACAUAAAAAAAGAAAAAAUGGGGACUAUUUCAAAGGAAAGAUCAUCAAAGAAGAGUCGGAAGGAAACAGAAUUGGUGGGAAGUUCUCCUGUUAGGCCCGAAAAGGAGGAGAAGCUUUGUGUACUGCCUUCUGAAGCAUCUGCCAUGGGUAUACUGUUCCUGAUCAUGCUUUGUGGACUUUAUGUGAUCCAUUGUGUAUGGGCAGCUGCAGAAGCAUACUCUGCACCCUCAAUUGUGCUGACAUCACGUUCACACGACGGGUUGCAUGUUUAUGACGAUUUCCGUGAAUCUUAUGCAUGGCUGCGCCAUAACACAGAAGUAGACGAUAAGGUUGCGUCAUGGUGGGACUAUGGUUAUCAGACAACUGCAAUGGCCAACAGGACUGUGAUUGUAGACAAUAAUACCUGGAAUAACACGCACAUAGCGACAGUUGGGACAGCAAUGUCAUCCCCAGAAAAAGGAGCAUGGGAGAUCUUCAAUUCCUUAGAUGUCAAAUAUGUGCUUGUGGUCUUUGGAGGUCUUAUUGGCUACCCAAGUGAUGAUAUUAAUAAGUUCCUCUGGAUGGUUCGAAUCGGAGGUGGUGAAUUCCCUCACAUCAAGGAACAGGAUUACCUUAGGGAUGGCAACUACCGUGUUGAUGCUCAGGGUACUCCAGCGAUGCUGAAUUGCCUCAUGUACAAGCUUUCUUAUUACAGAUUCGCUGAGACUGAUGGCAAGGGAUUUGACAGAGCGAGAAGAUAUGAAAUAGGAAGGAAGCAUUUUAAACUGACCCAUUUUGAGGAGGUUUUUACAACCCAGCACUGGAUGGUUAGGAUUUACAAACUGAAACCACAAAAGAACAGGGUCCGAGGAAAGUUGAAACUGAAAUUGAAAUCUAGUUCGAAAACAAGUUUAAUGCGCAAAGGGGCUGGAAAGAAGAACCCAUGGCGAUAG